ACAGGCAUCUAAUUUGUUUUAACCAUUUCAUUUAUAAUGCUGGAUUGAUUACAACAGUUUUAACUUGCUCUAAAAUGAUGGUAUAAAAUUAUAUAAAAAUGCUAAAAGGUAACUUCACUACUUUAAACUGUGCCAGUUGUUGGGGAAAAGAGGUUGGCAUUUUAUUUACCGUGUAUAGCUCUUAAAUGGCUAACUAAUGGGAUUAUAAUUAGAUUUACUACUACUACUAGAUUUGCUUGAUCAAAUCAUUUCCCUGCCUUGGAGUCUGUAUCGCCUUUGCAUAGAUGUUUUACAACUAUGUCAUAUUUAGGAUCAUUCUGACAUCACUGAAGAGGGUGGAUAUGGGGCAACAUCAUUCAUACUUUUGAAAUAGCUUUACACCCACUAACACCUGCUUCCCAGCAAGCCUUCGAGUUUAUAUCACAAGCUUUGUUGCCUUGAUAACAUUUACCAUUAGAAGUGAUGGGAAAAUAUGACAGGAAAAAAUCUUUGCAUGUAUGAUCUGAAUCUGAACUUGAUGUCAUUCCAUAUGGAGUUAUAUAUGUGCCACAAUUCUGCAAGAUGAAAUUGAGCCCCCACAAAAAAAAUAUUUUGAACACGCAAGAUGAUAUUUUGAGUGCACAUAGUUAAUUGGAACGCACCAGAUAUUUUGAGGGCAAAACAUUUUCUGCACGUGCAAGAUGAAAUUAAGCGCACAAAAUUAUUUUGAAUGUGCAAGUUGAUAUUUUGAGUGCAAAAAAAAAAAUUCUGCAUGCCCAAGAUGAUAUCUUAAGUGCACAAAAUUUUAUUUUACACUUGAACUCUUGGAAGUUUUGUAUAGCAAUGUAUCUUCUUUCAAAGAUAAAUUAAUUUUGACCAAACGAAAAUCAAUUUUGCACUAGAAUAAAAGUUUACUUGAAUGGGAAUUUGUGAAUUUAGAAUUCUUACAUUUUGCCUUCUCCUACCAACUCUGCCUGCAAAAUACCUUUAUAUAAUCUUGCGCAUGUUGAAAACAUUUUGGUCAAAAUAUAAUUGUGCGCGCGCAGAAUUAUGGCACUAAUAUAACUCCACAUUUCCAGGCAUGGCUGAAACGCGUGAGAGGAGGCUGUCGAAAAAAAAAAACCCUGAAGAAAAGACUUUGUGGGAGAUCUCCUUAAACUUGAACUCAAUGGCAGCGGUUUAAAUUAAACUUCACGCUGCUCUGAACACUUAAGACAGACGGACACUCAAAUGUUCCCUCUACAUUCUGUCUGCACCCCCUGUCACCUUCCUAAAAGCCGACAAUGAACAUACAAAGUUGAAUUCCAAAAUGGUUGCAGAGGUUGUUGUUGCACUGUUAACUGUUGUCAUGUCCCCCCAGUGCCUGUAGUUGUGCUGUAAGAAGCCUCGCAUCCGAUGACAAAACCAACACCCCCUUCUCCUUGUGUACGGCUAGUUUUAUUUCAAUAACCGACAAAGAUAUGUCAGUUGGUUUCGUAUAAAAUUAAUCGCGCUCGUGAAAACACAACAUCUGCUAGCGUAAAGUGGAAACGUACAGGCGGAAUAUCUCCGUUGAGAGUAAUAGCCGUCGACCGUACGAGAGGAUCAGCUUAGCUUGUCUAGCGAUCGGGGCAUGUGCGGCUGACGGGAAGCACCGGACUCAAGUAAAAGCGCAAGCCGCUUAUCACGCACGGCAAGGCGGGUGCAUCGUUACCCGACUUGCGGGGAUUCAGGAGGUUUCACAGGCCAACGCUGAUGUUUCUGAGAGUUCCAGCCCUGGGAUGUAUGAAGGCAAACACAUCCACUACUCGGAGGUGGACCACAAGCCUCUGUGUUCAUACAGUCCAAAGCUUUGCAAGCAACGCAGACUCAAUGGUUACGCUUUCUGUAUCCGCCAUGUACUUGAGGACCAAAGUGCCCCUUUUCGGCAGUGUGAAUAUGUAGCCAAGUACAAUAGCCAGCGCUGCACCAACCCAAUACCCAAGGCUCACGACCGCAAGUAUUGUAACAGUCACCUUCAGGUAAUGGGUGUCCUUCCCAAGAAGGAGCGAAAGAAAAAACAAGAUACAAUAGAGUCUUUGGCCCUCAACAUUACGGUUCCAUCCCUGGCUCUGAAGACCCACAAUGGGCUUGACCAUUUAUCCCCAUUCCCACCACCCUCCCUGGCUUGUCUGCUCCCCUCAGAUCCCUUUGCCUUUUACAGGGAGGAACAUUUUUUAAAAGCAAGUGACACAUUCCUGAAGAAACCCCAAGAAAACCAAACUCUGAAUCAUAAGCAGAAACAGCAAGAUCACAGUGUGGACCCGGCUUCUCUUUCAUCAACCCCCGUACGUUCUUGUCUCCCCCCUCCACAGAUUAGAAGAACCACACAAACACUUUUCGUUCCCUCCUCCCCUUGCACACCAACCCUACAAACCUCCAAACUGCAGUCAGGUUCAUUAUUCAAAACCUCAUCACCUCUUCAGGCCAGCCAUCAGGGCUCGGCAGAACCGACUCCAACUGACCACAAAACGAAUCUAAACCUCAGUCAUGCCUUUGACAAAAAGGUUGUCCCUGCUGCUUCAGGGGUGCCAAGUAGCCAUGAAGACAUGCAUAGAAAUGUAAUACAAAUGCAUUCAGUUGCCAUGCAAAAACAAGCUCCAUGUUUGAGGCAGUUCUAUAGAUUGAUGGACCAGCACAAGAGGAGAUACCAAGACCUGAACCCACAUUUAGGGCUUGACUGGUCAGAAGACAGUGAAGAGGAGGAUGGAGACUUGGGGAAACAAGUGUCAUAUCAAUGCCAGAGACUACACGAGAAGCACUUUGACGAGAGUGCCAGCAGUUCCCGUUCUGAGCGUUUGGCCGGCUUCUGCUCUUACCUGAGACAAAAACACGGGCACCUUUGCAGAGAGCAAAGGAGUCACAGGAGAGAGAGGAGAUCCCAGCAUGCCCUUCGUAAAUCCCUGUUGCGGGCUGCAAAAGAGGAACCUCAUCACACUGCACAGCUUAUUCAGGAACAACAUAAAGAGACCUCCACACACUCCAGCACUGCAGUACCAUUGGCUGGAGUUGCAGAAUCAGGGGUGUGUUUGGCUGUCGUGAAAGGUGGAGAGUGCCGAAAUUCAGCCUUACCUUUCACCAGGCACUGCUUUCAGCAUAUCCUUCAGAACCGUUCUCAGCAGCUGUUUUCAAGCUGCACCGCUCGUUUCGCAGAUGGAGCUCAGUGUUCCAUUCCCGUCUUUGACAUCACACAUCAGACUCCUCUUUGUGAUGAGCACGCCAAGAAAAUGGACAGUUUCCUCCGAGGCGAUAUUAGCCGUAGAACAUACCACCACCACCAGCAGAUUCAGCGACACAGGCCGCUGAAGAAAGCCAAACCUCCGGCCCUCAGUAAAAAGCAUAAGAAGAAAGGCAAGAGAGGUACAUCACGACGCCCUCAGAAACCCAUUCCCCCCGCACUGCCCCAGGGCAACCUGGGCAUGCCUUCCAUCCUGUGCCUGCCCACACAGCCCUCUGGCAUAAGGAGCCCUUUAACUCCUGAUCUAAGUGCAGAUGAAUUUCCCGAUGACAUCACCAAUGACAUCAGUGACAUUCCACAUGACCUGGAGUUGAAUCAGGAGGAUUUCUCAGAUGUUCUCCCUCGACUCCCGGAUGACCUGCAGGACUUUGAUAUUUUUGAAGGUAAGAAUAGUGAGCUGUUGCCUACGUCUGAGGAAGCCGAGGAGCUGGUUCGCGUUCUGCAGGCCAUGAGCUCUUACCCCGAAUCCCUUGCAUGUCUUAGUGGAAUGGCUGAGCUUUGUCCUGUGGAAGGAGUAGAUUGUCGUAGCAUGCCGGGGGGAGUUGUGGAUCUACUCAGUGCCCGGCUCUCUGCUGAGACUCUUUCCAGCCUGGAGCUGGACCCCAGUCUGCUCCCCACCUCUGAGGAUGCUUUUCCCCCAUCACCUCCAUCACCACAACCCCCUCUCACUCCCCCGUCCUCUGUGGGCCAUCUCACAGACAGCACAUACCCAAAGAGGCAACCUCAUCUCCUUGUUAAGAUGGAUGAUGCAAUCACAGCAGAUCUUGGCGGUCUGCCUCUUGACAAAGAUGAGGACAUCUCUCAUGGCUCCUGGGGCGUUCUCACCCUUCCCCUUAGUGACUCCUCCCAAUUUCACAGCCUUUUUGCCUCGGACGGCCUGCUGAUGUCCACAGCCUUUUCAACACCUCUGACCCCCGUGCCCUCAGCCCCCUGUCAACCCAGUCUGGCCCUCUCUGCUUUGCCUCAGAGCAACCAGACUGUCCUGGUCACUCGCUCAACACCUGCAUCCUCCCCCUCGUCACCAAUGCCGGAGCUCCUCUCCCCCACCCGAAGCAAGCACCUUCUCCCCCCACUUUUCAACCACUGUGGGAUCCCAGCAGACUUACAGCCGCACCACAGUACACCUGCACCCCCAAUGGACCAGGCCUGAAUUGCAGGCAGAACCAAUUUUCCAAUUAUUUGCAACAGUAUUCAGGGAACGUGUUGCAGGUGAAUUUCUUUUCUUUCCAAAUGUCAGGGUCAUUUUGUCUGUCGUCUCAGUCCAUCAACCUUCAUGCAUCGAGAACAUCAAGCAAUAAAUUUCCCCGUCUGCUUAAAAUAGUUGCUUAUUCUACAGCAAACAGAUAACUAGAUGGAUUUUAGCCAUUGAUAUCACUUGUAUCCUUAAAUGCAUAUUUAAUAUAUUUAUAGAGUAGCAGUCUGCACAACUAGUUUUAUCGAUGAGUGAAAAUGUUUGGUAACUGGUGAAAAUGUGGUUCUUGUUUAGAGAUAACUGGGUUUGUUAGUGGCAAAGGGGACAGGUGUCAUGGUCGUAUCGCUAUAUUGUCCCGUGUGUUGAUAAAAAAGCUCAGUUUUGGCAGAUGGUGUUUCUGCUUUUAGUAGCCAUUAAAAACGGGGUCUUGCUCGGUGUAAGUGCCUGCCAUAAAAGCGAUGUAACACCUAAUCAGUGUAUUGCAAAUCAACAAAACACGACACAUUGCAUUGUCACUUACUAAAAACCUGUAAAUGCACAAAAUGGCACUCCCGAACUCAUGAAACAUGGCAUUUACAUCAAGAGUCCCCAAUUUUGACUUCAUGUAGGUAAUAGACGUUACCGUAAAGUUACUUGAGGGUAUUAAACUUGUGAGUGUUUGAUGUGCUCCUGUGUAAGGCCUUUAGCUGCAGUGAUAGCAGUUGUGGGAAAUAAUUGGUGUAAAGCUAUAGUCAGUUACACUUGUCUUGGCUUUUAAAGAGAGUAGUUUUGACGCCUUUACCCUCGUGUCAUGCCAAGUCUACGUUUGUAUUUUCACCUUGUACUUUGCAGAUGCUUUCUUACCAAAGCGACUUACAAGAAAGCCUCUUUUUAGUCCACAUAAGACAAAUAUGUAUUAUCUAAUUGAAUCAUUAUACUGUUAUUAUGUUUGGGCAAUUUAGCUUUUAAAGGGAACAGUGAACGUUUAAUAAUGAUUAUUAAACAAUAAUGAGAAUUGAGGUUUGGGUAGACUUGGUGUUGUACCAGAUAAUGCUGCUUUUACCAACAGGCAUACUUGCAGAUGAUUUCCUUGCACACCGAGGGUCUACUCAUAUACUUUUUAUACAUGUAUUCACUGAAUGUAUCAAGUCAACAAAAAAAAGUUUAUUAUAAUCAACUCAAAUGUUAUGGUCCUCUUCUUUGUUCAAGGUAUUUUUAUGUAUUGACAUGUUUAAUUUUGUUACUUAAGUGCUUGGAUGUGGGCGUGUGUGUGUAAGAGAUUAUAUUUGUUUUAUUUGAAAUGUGUGAAAUAAAACUGCUAUGACCACGACAUUGUGAGCUCAUUAUU